AUGUGUGUACCCUGUACGUGGGUGAACGGUGCAGCCAAGUUGCUCAACUGCAGCUCGCAAAGGUGUCGCAGCAAGGCCCAUUUCACGCAAACCAGGGCCGCCUAUCAUCACGGCAACAUAGCCGACCUGACACCCUUUCCCACUUUUACAGUUCUUCCGGCCAUCCAAGGCAUUGCUCUGGCGGCUUGUCUGCUUACCUGCAACUGCAGAAGACCCUGGCCCAAGAGUGCUGGACAAGCCGGCACCAGAACAACACCACAAGCCAAUCAACAUACACUCUUCCAGCCCCCCGAGCCUAGAGAGCCGGCCCAGUCUCUUCAAGGCAACAGUUGCUUGGCCGAGAUUAACCAAGACAACUUAAGGACUGCUGUCUUCGCCAGACUCCGUUCGUACGUCCUGUAUCCUCUGUGUGUGUGUGUGCGUGUAUAUGUAUUCAUGUCCGUUUGUGUGUUUACAUAA